CCGCGUCCCCGCCCGCCCGCAGCCGCGCUCCGCCCGGGCCCGCUCGCAGCCGCGCGGGGUGCGCAGAAAGUUUGCGGCUGCCGGCGCUCGCGAUCGGCCUCGUCCGGGCGACACCGCCACCAUGAACAAGCUGUAUAUAGGCAACCUCAACGAGAGCGUGACCCCCGCCGACCUGGAGAAGGUCUUCGCCGAGCACAAGAUCUCCUUCAGCGGCCCGUUCCUGGUCAAGUCGGGCUACGCCUUCGUGGACUGCCCCGACGAGCACUGGGCCAUGAAAGCCAUCGAAACUUUCUCGGGGAAAGUAGAACUACAAGGAAAACGCCUAGAGAUUGAGCACUCGGUCCCCAAAAAACAAAGGAGCCGGAAAAUUCAGAUCCGAAACAUACCGCCCCAGCUGCGGUGGGAAGUGCUGGACAGCCUGCUGGCUCAGUACGGCACCGUGGAGAACUGCGAGCAAGUGAACACGGAGAGCGAGACCGCAGUGGUGAACGUCACCUACUCCAACCGGGAGCAGACCAGGCAAGCUAUCAUGAAGCUUAAUGGCCACCAGCUGGAGAACCACGCCCUCAAGGUCUCCUAUAUUCCUGACGAGCAGAUCUCGCAGGGGCCCGAGAAUGGACGCCGGGGCGGCUUUGGCUCGAGGGGUCAGCCCCGCCAGGGCUCGCCGGUGGCCGCAGGGGCCCCAGCCAAGCAGCAGCAGGUGGACAUCCCCCUCCGGCUCCUGGUGCCCACGCAGUAUGUGGGCGCCAUCAUUGGCAAGGAAGGCGCCACCAUCCGAAACAUCACCAAGCAGACCCAGUCCAAGAUCGACGUACACCGGAAGGAGAACGCAGGCGCCGCGGAGAAGGCCAUCAGUGUGCACUCCACACCCGAGGGCUGCUCCUCAGCCUGCAGGAUGAUCCUGGAGAUCAUGCACAAGGAGGCCAAGGACACCAAGACGGCUGACGAGGUACCCCUGAAGAUCCUGGCCCACAAUAACUUUGUAGGGCGUCUCAUUGGCAAGGAGGGGCGCAACCUGAAGAAGGUGGAGCAGGACACGGACACGAAGAUCACCAUCUCCUCGCUGCAGGACCUCACGCUCUACAACCCUGAGAGGACCAUCACUGUGAAGGGCGCCAUCGAGAACUGCUGCCGGGCCGAGCAGGAGAUCAUGAAGAAGGUCCGGGAGGCCUACGAGAACGACGUGGCCGCCAUGAGUCUUCAGUCCCACCUCAUCCCCGGUCUCAACCUGGCCGCCGUGGGGCUCUUCCCGGCCUCGUCCAGUGCCGUCCCACCGCCCCCCAGCAGCGUCACCGGGGCUGCUCCCUACAGCUCCUUCAUGCAGGCCCCGGAGCAGGAGAUGGUACAGGUGUUCAUCCCCGCCCAGGCUGUGGGCGCCAUCAUCGGCAAGAAGGGGCAGCACAUCAAGCAGCUGUCCCGCUUCGCCAGCGCCUCCAUCAAGAUUGCACCGCCAGAAACACCUGACUCCAAGGUUCGAAUGGUCAUCAUCACUGGACCGCCAGAGGCACAGUUCAAGGCUCAGGGAAGAAUCUAUGGCAAACUGAAAGAGGAGAACUUCUUUGGACCCAAGGAGGAAGUCAAGCUGGAGACCCACAUACGGGUGCCGGCUUCUGCUGCCGGCCGGGUCAUCGGCAAGGGAGGCAAAACGGUGAACGAGUUGCAGAAUUUGACAGCGGCGGAGGUGGUGGUGCCGAGAGACCAGACCCCCGAUGAGAACGACCAGGUCAUUGUGAAGAUCAUCGGGCAUUUCUAUGCCAGCCAGAUGGCCCAGCGGAAGAUCCGUGACAUCCUGGCGCAAGUAAAGCAGCAGCACCAGAAGGGACAGAACAGCCAGGGACAGGCGCGGAGGAAGUGACCAGCACCUUCCCAUGCCCCAGGCUGUGGGGCCGAACCCCAGAGCCCACUGUGCCCCCUGCAGGCCUGAGAAGGUGUGGGAAUCGGGGACCCCGGGGCCUUUGGGAGAUCAGGUUUGCCCACCCACCUGACACAGCUGCUCCGUGAGGAACCUGAUCCCUGGCUCCUCAGAGCCCUGGCCAAGCAGCCCAGGCUGCUCACCCCUCGGCAUCACCGCAGAAACCAGCUCAGGGAGCUUUUAAACGUGGAUUGUUGCAGGAAGUUCUCCGCCCCACCCCCAAGAAGGUGGGAUUAGGGCCCAUGGGGACGAGAAAUAAAAUUUCCUUCAGGUUUUUAAAAACCUCCAAGGAUGGUUUGUUUCUUGACCCUAAAGUCUCUCCAGUUUUCUUCCCCCUACUUGGUACCUCCAGUCUCACGUUGGGGUGCCCCUGCCUCCUAUAUUUGCUCUGUUUUAUCUUAACUGCUACAAAAAAAAAAAAAAAAAUCAGAGCUAAGUAGAGCGGUGUGGCACGGCUAUAGCACCAGGUCCUCAGAGACCGGUCCUGCUCUGGAGCCUAAAUCCAGUCUUUCCCGUGGGAACUGCAGGGAAUAAACAGGGAGGGAAGCCGGGCGUGGUGGCGCACGCCUGUCCUCCCAGCAGCACUCAGGAGGCUGAGGCAGGAGGUUCGCUUUGAGUUUGAGGAGCCUGAUAAAGCAAGCCCCUGUAUCUCAAACGACAAAACAAAAGCAAAUUAAAGAGAGGGGAGAAAUGGGGAGAAAGAUGAAUUAAAUUACAUGGCAAUCCACGUUUAAAAGAAGUGCCCGUGGGCUGGGUUUAUAGCUCAGUGGCCCAGCACUGCCUAGCGUGUGCGAGGUUUUGAUUCCCAGCACCACAGACAGAGAAAGAGCGCCCUGUGGGCUGGCCCGGUCCCCAAAGCCACUGUUCUUGAGAGUAAAAUCUGGCCCAGUGUGUUGGGGCCUCCCCGCUGCGCGCUUCCCUUGAGCCCUGGGGGUCCCACGUGGUGUCCAGAGGAGGUAUUGGGUGGCACUGAAUGCCUGGCAGGGUGGGUGGGCUCCCUGCCGUCCCUGGCUCCCCUCGUUCUCAGGAGGAUUUUAUAUUUUUCUAGAGUCUAUUUUAAUGAUUGGAUGUGAGCACUGGGAAGGGACCUGACUCCCCUUGAGAGAGCCUCAGGCCCGAGGCCGAGUCCAGUGGCCCAGAGGAGCCCUGGCUCCAGCCCACGCCCUGCCGCAGGAAGGGCUGGUGGGGGGAUGUCGGGGUCCCGCUAUCCACCACAGCACUGUCUCCCACGGGGGUUGUGGCUGGCUGGGGGGACACUCUGCCCACCCCUGACCUCCCACUCCAGCCAAGGCCCAGCGCCUGGCCAAUUCGGUCUGUGGGAGAGAACUGACUUGUGUGUUUUAACCCUAGAGGAGAUGAUGGCACUGAUGGCUUGUGGCUCCGAGAAUUCCUGUCAUGGUGGGAGGUGCGCCUGGAACGGAAUUCUGAGUGCAGGGCGCUGGGGCGGGUAGAGGGGAAAAGAUUCACAGAUCCAUUCACCAGGCAGAGCCUGUGGGAGCGCAGCCCUGCACAGGGCAGGAGCUGCCUGCCACGAGGUCCCCGGCCUCUGUGACUGUCAAUGCAUCUUACCAGGUGAUGCACUUUAGCUACCCUGGACACAGCUGUGGAGCAGCCGGGAGGGUGGAGGGCUCCCCCUCCUGACCCACCGACACUGCAGAGUGACCCUGGAGAGACUACCGAAGUGACAUGGGGUGGUGGGUGUCAGGCAGUGCUGUGUGAAGUGAAACUACCUCAAGGUGUGAAUUACCUCAGCAAUUGUCCCCUUUUCCUUCCCCUCGUCCCUGUUUCUUCUUUCUUUUUUUUUUUUUUUUUUAAUUAUUUUUGAUUUUUUUUUUCUUUUUCGUUGCGGCUUGCUGAUAUUUUAUAUAUAAAAAAAAGAAAAGCAGAGCAAAAAAAAAAAAAAGCGGAUAGUCUUGAAUAUUUUAUUUUUUUAAUGAAAAGAAAAAAAUGAGAAAGUUAUGUUUCAGAAUUUCUUAUGCUGUGAGCCAGUCUGUCACCUGUUAGGACAGGAGGGGCCCGCUGGGCAGGGUGGUGGCUGGGGACGGACCCGGGGCUUCGAGUGUGGGGCUUUUCUGGGCUCUGUCUCUGGCUUUGGACCCCAAACCAAUGGGCCGGCCCUCGGGUUCCCCUCCCCCUCUUGGCCGAUGGCACCCUGGCCUCGAAUGGCACCCGGCCAGUCUGCCCUCCAGGGGGUGCCAUUGUGAUAUUUUAAAAUAGUGCCUCCGUUUUACCGAGGAGAGAAAUAGCUACAAAACACACCCUUUCAAAAAGCAAAACAAAAACACAAUACCCUGUGCCUCUCUGUCUUAAAAAACUAGGGGAGCCGAUAUCCCAUGCACAGGAGGAAGAUGAGGCUGCCUCUCCUUGGGGUUCCCUGGGCCCGUGUCCGCCUGGCCAUUGCCAGGCUUGUCCUGUGGAUUCUGGUUUCGGUGUCUUUGCCCGUACUGUCUCGCUCUCAGUGUGGGUGCGCUUGGGGCCUCACUGCCCCCAGCUCCUUGUCAUCUGGAGAUCCAUUGAGCUUCUGGGCGUGGAUUCCCAUUUAGACGCAGGACCGGAGAGGAGAGGAGGGCAUGGACAGCCGUGUCUGCCCGUGGGCAGUGCCACCUCUGUCCUGUGACAUCCUGUGGUGGCCCCAGAACUGGAGAAAGCACCUCAGGGUGAUGUGCAGCUCCCCUGUCCCAGCCAUGGAAAGGGUCUCCUGGCUGCUUUCCGGCUCUGGCUCUAUGCUUUGUCCCCAAAUGAAGCAGAGAAUGUUCAGACUUUUGGCCGUUUAGUGAUUUAAAGUGGAUUUUCAGCAGCAAGCGUCCUUUGAUAUCCGAUUCAAACGAUCAUCAGGAAAAACAAAACGAAAAAGCCCACAGUAUCCGCAAUGUGAUUGUUGCAGUGUUAGGUUCCCGGGGGGCCUGCACCCUCCCCGAAGGGGCCACCACGCGUGACCCCCCAUCCCCCCCAGGGGACCAUCCCGUCCCCCACUGCCCAAUGGGAUAGUCACUCAUGGACCACCAGUGCCUCGAGCUGGCGAGAACGUGUUAAGCCUGGGACCCUUUCCUUUAACUCGUGCAGCCCCCAGAGACCUGGAUGGGGUGGGCGCAGGACCCAGAGCCUCCUGGGAGCCCCAGGCUCGCUGGGCAGGGAGUAGUGCCCACCGCAGCCGGCCCAGGUUUGCCAGCGACUGGCUGAUUGGCAAGCAGGCUGCAGGGACAGGGUUGACGAUGGCUUAGGUGGCGCAGGAAGGAGGGAGAGCUGUCUGGGUGCAGGUGCUCCUGUGACCCGCGGGGCCAGGUCUUAGGGCGCCCCCGCCCGAGUCCUAAAGCCCUGGGUGGGGGGAGGCGGACAGGUCUAAGGUAUGCGCAUGCGCAUUGCGCUUGCGUGAUUGUGAAAGGACCAUCUUUUUAGAAUCGAUUUUGUAAAACUCUUGGAAACACAGAAAAAAGCCGAACAGUUUGGUUCACUGACUGUGAAGCUGCAUCUGCCAGUUGCACCCCAGUGGCUUUAACCCCUCGAGGGGCCUGGCUGGGGUGGGGUCCCCGGAGGACGGGAGCCCACCUCUCCCAGAUCCAGCAGUCUUUUCACGCCUUGUUUCUUACGCCUCGGCAUUGGCAGUAACACCCCGGGGCGCGGGGCGCAGGAGGGAGCCCUCGGGGGCCCAGUGUCCACGUGUCCACCGUGCCAAAGACAGAGGCCGACAGUCUUCUGCCACCUCUCCCGAGGUGGGGGUGGACCGGGUCACCGGCUCUGUUGCACUUUGGUGAAGUGGGGAGACCUCCUGGGCCCCAGCUCCUCCUGGGGUCCGGACUCCUGUCCCCUGCCGAGGCGGCACCACAGGGUUCCCUUCAGGCCUGGCAGACUGGCCUUGAGGAGGGGCCUCUCCAGGGUGCCUUCCCCUCCUCGGGGCCCAGAUCCCCUCUGCCAACCCGGGAGCCAGGUGCCACCAACUACCUCACGGAGCACGGGGUGCCCCGCCUCCACCCCGCUUCCUUCGGGGUGGGGGGCAGGGGAGGUCUCCUUUCCCCCCACUGCCCCUGGGCAGGUGCUAGUGGCUUUGCCACUCCAACUAUGCGAAUGUUUGCUUGCUUGGAGCCCAGUGGACCCCAGACUGCACAGCCGGGGGGGGGGGGGCACAAAAAGACCGAAGAGAAACCCCCACCAGCCAAGGGACACAAAAGCCAUUUACCUCCGGUACUCCGUGGUGUAGAUGCAGGGCCCAGUGGGAUUCAGAUGUACAGAACCCGGGACUGGGCUCUCCCGGGGCAGGGGCUCAUGACCCGAGCUGGGUGUCCCUCGCCUGGUGGGCACCCUGCCUGAUAGGGUGGGGUCCGGACUGACUUAGACAAAGGAGAUUUUGUUUUUCUUUCCCGAAAUUGAGUGGCAGGAGGCUCCUCGCAGGGGCCCGGGCAGCCCCAGGAGCAGGAUCCAGAGUAGGAGCGUGUUAGCUACCUCAGUCCUCACGGUGAGCUCGGACAGCCGAGGGCUGGGACUCGGGUCCCAGCCGAGAGGAGCCAGUCGUGGCUCGUGCCACAAAAGGCCUGUCCUGGGGACCCACAGGCCUGCCAGGGCCCCCCCCCUGCCUCAUUUCACCCCCCUGCCUAGCACCCUUCUCUGGCCUUCUGCGCCUGGCGGUGGGCAGUGACCUCAGCCCAGUCCCCUCCUGAUGGUCCUCCCAGGAGACCUGAGCAGGAUCCUCUGCCCUGGGAGAGCCGAGGGUCCCAGACUCGCCCAGGCCUGCUUUGUAGUUGGGGAGCCCCUCCCCUCCCUCUAAUGGACCUCCUCAUAGAUCCCCAUUUUCACGUUUGUUUUUUUAUCUACCUCUUAGCAAAACAAUAGAGUUAGGUAGUGGCAAAACAUCACUUGCUUAGGUUAGAGGGGGGAAAGGAUUUCUUUUUCCAAAGGAAAAAAAAAAUACCUUAAAAAUACUUUCCAAAAAACUUUUUAAAAAAACCAAAAAAAAAUGUUUUUUUGUUUUUUUUAAUUUUUUUGAGCGGGAAACAUUUUGCAGUGACCGCUGGACUGUUUUCAUUUCCUAAACUUCUCUGUUGUUAUUUUUGUGUUUUUUCCCCCCGUGAAUAAGUUUUGCUCUUUGGCUGUUUUCACUUACCAAGCUAGCUAGGAACAGGUGCAGUCAUGUGAUUGCAGGGUCCCCACCCCAGGCAGGACCAGAGGUGUGUGUGUGUGUGUGUGUGUGUGUGUGUGUGUGUGUGUGUGUGUGUGUGUGUGAGAGAGAGAGAGAGAGAGAGGUAAGCUGUAAAAUCCUUACUGUAUCCCUGUGGGGGUGCAUGGGGGGACCCUUUGGGACAUUUUCCUGCAAAAUCCUGUGUAAGCCACUGCCAGUAAAGGCACCUGAAACGGAUUUUUAUCCGCACCUCCUCCUGUCAGCCGGAAUGAGUCGUCAGCUAUUCGGGUCCCUGGAUCCAGAAAUCUGUUUCUUAGGAAUGGGAAUAGGGGGCGGGGCUGGGGCUCCUAGGACUUGUGACUGUUUUUCUAAAAACCCAGCUCUACCUUGUUCUGUGACAGUGACCCUGAACCUUGUACUGUACCAGACACCUGCCGGCCAUGCCACCCCGGCUGGAUUGUACCUCCUGCCCUUGUGACUGUGCUGUAUUCCGGGGUGGGGGGUGAGCGCUCCUGUUUUCUUCCCAUAAACAAGUUCAUUCCGCUGUUUCAGUUGCAAAAUAAAAGGAAACUUCU